AUGAGCCCAAAGUCCAUGGAAACCCCGCGCGAACUUCGUGUUGAUGAACAGGUUCUAGAACCGACGUACGAAGGUGCGUUGGCUCUCGGACCUUCAGGACGUCCUGCAGCCUCAACCGUCUUGGAGGCUAUGGAUGUAGUGGAGACUGUUGGAGAGGGUCCUGGGGCUGAAGAGGCCGCAGUGGCGGCGGAUGAACCAGCAGCUGGAUCGCCGAUGAGACUUUCAACCUCGCUCUCAUCGAUGGAGAGAGGAAGGACAGCGGCCAGGGAUGGACGACGACGAGCGCCGAGCACUGCCUCGGGGGGCACGACUGAUGCCAGGUUGGACAGACUGACAGGUCUGGUGGAAGCGAUGCUGGUGCGAAUGGAUGACGACCGACGAAGCCAUGUGUCGCACACCACUCGUGCGAGCAGAGCAUCAACCGCCAGGAUGCCGGAGCCACUGGGCUCUUGGGGUGGUUUUGGGAUUGGGUUUCGGGGCUUUCCUGGAACGCAAGGGCCAUUUCCGUCUCAGCCGUCCUGGGUUCCCGCAGGGUGGAUUCCGAACGUGGCUCCCGGAUAUGAGAUUCCGGCAUUAGCCGCAUCCGCGGGUCCUGCUACCGCUGCAGAACCGCUCUCGCAAUCAGGUGCAGUGCAUACUCAGGUUCUAGGUGCUGCAGGUUUUCCGCGUGCCGCGGAUGCUCAGGUCCCAGGUGCCACAGGUUUUCCUCCAGGUGCAGUGAAUGCUCAGGUCAAAGGUGCCGCAGGUUUUCCUCCAGGUGCAGUGCAUGCUCAGGUCCCAGGUGCCGCAGGUUUUCCGCCCAGUGCAGAGAAUGCUCAGGUCCCAGGUGCCACAGGUUUUCCGCCCGGUGCAGAGAAUGCUCAGGUCCCAGGUGCCGCAGGUUUUCCUCCAGGUGCAGUGAAUGCUCAGGUCCCAGGUGCCGCAGGUUUUCCGCCAGGUGCAGAGAACACUCCUGUCUCCAGUGCCACAGGUUUUCCGUCAGGUGCAGAGAACGCUCAGGCCUCCAGUGCCGCAGGUUUUCCACCAGGUGCAGAGAACGCUCGGGUCUCCAGUGUCACAGGUUUUCCGCCGGGUGUCCGAAGCUUCUUACUUUCAAAUGCCGAGCGCCUCAGUCCAAAGCAGUUUUUCAUAGGGGAUUCUCCGGGCGACCUUCCCCCCGGCCUAGGCCCGAUCUUGACACCAGCUCCAGUGGUUCCCUUACCCCUGGCGCGGCCACUUGGUUCAAAGACCAUCUUGACCCGGGUCAGUGAGCAUUAUGCUUCUUGGUUGGCCAGUGACCCCGUCACUCGACUUACGAUUCGGACUCAGGCAAUCGCUGACGGUGCCGUCGCCUCUGCGCAGCCUGGCACUUCGUUGCUGGAGCAGCGGCUCACCACACUCCUUGUGGAUGCAGUUCCGAGUGCAAUGAAAACUGAGGUGAUCACUGUCAGAGCCCUUACCACCGUUGAAAUCCUGUUUCUUUUGCAUACACGCUACCAGCCAGCAGGCCAGGCAGAGAAGGCUUCCAUACUUCAGUUCUUGGUGAGCCCGGAUCCACCGAAGGAUGCACAAGCUGCUGUGAAAAGCCUUCGUCGAUGGCUGCGUUGGCUGGCACGCUCCACUGAGUUGCAGCUUGCCCCUCCAGAUGCCUCUUUGCUGGUUAAAGCCGUUGACAAAUUGGGAUCUGCCUACCUCUCGGACCCUUCCGCUGUGUUCAGGGUUCAAGCCUUUCGAUUGCAGCAUAGCGUGGACCACCUGCCUAGUCAGGACUCCUCGGUGUCGCUAGCUCAGCUCUACCUUGCAGAGUUGGAAACGCUGCUUUUGGUUGCCCCGGACCCCAAAAAGCAAAGGGUUGCCGCUCUAGACUCCUCGGCCGCUGACAAGCCGGAGGAGACCAAAGGCAAAGGCAAGGGCCGAGAGAAGGGCGCGAAACCCAAUGAGGGAGGCGAGAAAGAGGUGUGUCGUCAGUUCUCUUCCGAGAAGGGGUGUCCCAGAGGCAAUACCUGCAAGUAUGUGCAUCAAACCCAUACCGGGAUGACUGGUCGGUGCUUCAAUUGUGGAGGCAAGCAUCUUAAGAGCGAGUGUACUUCUCCGGGUGGAUAUGCCGUCGCCAAGGCCAAGGCAGAGGCUAAGGCAGACUCGAAAAGGGCUGCCCGCAAAGCCCAUGUUGAGCAGCCAUCUUCCAGUGCCGGCGAACCCGCCAAUGAAGAAGCUGAGUCUUCUGGCCCUGCGUUGGGCCCUUCAACCGCUCAGGCCAUCGGCAAAGGCCUCAUCGACGGCGGGGCUACGUGCUGUUUGCGUGCAGCAAAGAAUGCUUUUGAGUGGAAUGAGGCGUGUCAACUGAUCACCGAGAUUGAGCACUCUAAACGGGUGACUCAAGCGCGAGUGUCGCCUUGCACCAAGGCUGUGCCGUCGAACCGCCGUCGCCGACGGACCUUGUCUCGGGCCAACCACCUUGUGAUCCACCUGUUCCCAGGUCAAUCGCGAGGCCUCUAUCUCAGCUGGGAUGUGUUGGAGGUUGAUGUAGAGGAAGAUCUCCUACGAGAGGACACUUUCGGUUACCUCAUGCAUCUUGCUCAAGCCGGGAGGAUCCGAGCUGUGAUUGGCGGCCCUCCCUACCGUACCUUCAGUACGCCUCUCACCACUUCAGCCCUGGUUCCCCUCCGGUUCGUGGGGAGUGGAGCCAGGUUGAAGGUACCACCCUCCUCUCGUUUGACCAAGGCCCACUUGGACAUGUACAUCGCCAGCCCACCACACUUGCUCUUGUUGGUCCGGGUUGGUCGUUACAACCCGGAUCGCGUGUCCUCCCCGCCAGAUGCUUUACAGCCUGUGAGUGAUGCUAAAUGGGACUUGAGCCUGCUCGAAUCUCCGGCGUUAGAGUUCAGCUUCGAGAGUUUGUUCGGUGACGAUUGCGAGGUCGAUGAUGACCUCCUUCCUGGCAUUGAAGUACCGGAUGUUCCAGGUUCCGAGGACCCUCUUAGUGCCUCGCAAGUUGCUGAAGCAGAUGCAGAAAACAAAGAAUGGUUAGACCAGUUCGCCGCCCUUGAAGACGCUUGGAAAGAUGCUCCACUCCCUGCAGUUCCCAUGCAGGACAUUCCUUUCUUUGUGCCUCUUGAGACCAAAGGGGGAAAAGGGGUCGCAGCUGCCGUCAUGCAAGUGGUCACUCAAAUCAAGGCCCUUGGUCUGCCAGUGCAUCGCCUUCAUAGUGACCGUGGUCGUGAAUUUCGAAAUGCCGCGUUGGCUCAAUUCACCAAGUUUCAUUGUAUCCCUCACACUACCACUUGUGGGGAUGACUUUAAGGCCAACGGCCGUACUGAGAACAUGGUUCGCUUGAUCAAACGUGCCACCCGCACGUUGUUGCAUGCUCAUGACGCCCCCACGGCCGAAUGGAGUUUUGCCAUGCGUCAUGUCACCGCCCGGUUGCGUGCGGCCGCUCUUAGUACCCUUGGCCAUGCCUCUCCUAAGUUGCUUCCGUGGCACGCACGGCUGGUCUUGCGGCGGCGCACUUGGUCGCGUCUUGUCACAGGGGCUUGGGGGAGCCGGGCAAUCACCGCUACCGUGCUGUGCCCCUCGCCUGAUGUCCCUGGCGGCCAUCUUGUCAGGACCGCAGAUGGAGGUUAUGUGCACUCCGAUGUUUUGGUCGAAGUCGGGGACGCAGUGGAGCUCCAGGAGUUUGUUUGCCGCCCUCCGGCCACUCGUCUGCGUGAUAAGAAGCCUGAUCUCCGUUCGCAUGCUCCGUUGCCGGCGGUGUCCGCAGUCGCCGCUCAGCGGCGAGGGGGAGGGUGUGAUAGUGAUAGUGCUUCGGGUUUUUCUUCAAAAACCGCCAAUUGCGACGGAGGCGGAAUCUCCAGUUUUUCCUCAGAAACGGACAAUUCCGCCAAGGGCCAACCCACAGCCAAUUGCACCGGAGGCCCAAUCUCAAGUUUUUCCGCAGAACGCUUCCGCUCCGUUCAAAGUGCAGCUGAAAGAUCCUACUCAGCCGGACUCCGAUCCGAGGCCAGCCUCUGA